GUUUCGCAGUUAGCUGCAGAUCUCUUUUACUCUACUACCUCUCGAUUUAGAUCUGGAUACGUACAGAUUACAGGGUGUCUACUUCCGAAGGUCUUUGUCCACUUCGACUGCCUAUCAACUUAGUCGACGGUGAUAGCGGAAAAUCUAUCACCACGACUGUAAAUCUGCACAACUCCAACUAAAUCAAACUCAAAUUUUGAAGGUACUAGUUAUACAGCUUGACAGAAGAUGUCUUCUGCUCAGGAUCCAUUUUACAUUGUUAAGGAGGAGAUUCAAGGAUCUAUUGAUAAGCUGCUGUCCACAUUUCGCCAAUGGGAACAUAUUCCUUCAGGAAGUCAAGAGCAACAAAUUAUGACUAAGGAACUUCUUGUUGGAUGUGAGAGCAUUGAGUGGCAGGUAGAUGAAUUGGACAAGGCAAUUUCUGUGGCAGCAAGAGAUCCUUCUUGUUAUGGCAUUAAUGAAGUGGAACUUGAAAAAAGGAGGAGAUGGACAAGCGCUGCUCGCACUCAGGUGGGAAAUGUGAGAAAAACAAUUGGUAAGGAUAUGGAUGGUACUACAAGCAGCUCAAGCUUAAGUGGGUUGCGUCGUGAACUGAUGCGACUACCCAAUUCACAUCAGAAUGAGAGAACCCAUCAAUAUAACACCACCAAUAAUAAUGAUGAUUUUAUAUCAUCAGAAUCCGAUCAACAAAUGCUGCUCAUAAAGCAACAGGAUGAAGAGCUGGAUCAGCUUAGUGCAAGUGUUGAGAGAAUUGGAGAUGUUGGACUCACCAUACAUGAAGAGCUUCUUGCACAGGAGAAUAUCAUUGGUGAAUUGGGAACGGAAAUGGAAAGUACUUCCAAUCGCCUCGAUUUUGUUCAGAAAAAGGUGGGCAUGGUGAUGAAGAAGGCUGGAGUUAAGGGACAAUUAAUGAUGAUACUUUUCUUGGUUGUUCUAUUCAUUAUCCUAUUUGUUCUAGUAUUCCUCACCUAAAUUAUUAGAUACAGGCACCGCUUACUAGUGUUUUUAUAGUGAGAAUUAUCAAAUGAUCUUAAGACAUGUCUUGACUCUAUGUUUCUUUUAUGACCAUAAUUCGAGGCUUGCAUUUUUAUAGUCAUAUAUCUGGUUUUUGUCAGAUUUAUAUAUGGGAUCAUUAAGGUUGUUUUUGUUA